UUCAAUAUUCAGUGUGGUUUGGGUGUCACAACUGUUUGGAUGGAUUUUUCUCUGCAUGGUUAAUCAAAUAAAUUUAUUUUUUAUUUUUUUAAUUUGAUUUCGUAUACAAAAAGAAAAACUAAAUUAAAUUAAUUUCAAGUGAAGUGCUAAAUAAAAUAAAAAAAUAAAACCUCUCGAGGAUUAAGUUCAAAGCAAAAAAAAAAAAAAAAAAGGAUAUCGGUCAUCCUAGAAGUGUGCUCUAAAAAUAGAAAAUAGAAAAACAACAAAAUCAUGACAAGUUUUAAGGAAUUUAUGUUUCUCCUCAUUGGACUAAUUAACAUUGCAUUAAUCUCAAAAACACAAGCUUCAUUCCCAUAUUAUGGCACAAAAAUUGGAUCUCUCAAACGUUUGCACCAUGGUGUUGGUGGUGAUGUAUACGCAGUUGAUUCACGUACAAUAUUUUUGAAAAACUUCAAUUACGAUGGAGAAGCUCCAGCUGCCUACUUCUAUGUUGGAAACUCGAAAAAACCCACCAAUGAAGGUGCCUUCCGUCUUCGAGAUGAACGAGGUGGAACUUCAUCUCUAAUACGUCGCUAUCGUAACAAGGAUAUCACAUUAUCCCUUCCCGAGGGUAAAACACUGCGUGACAUCAAAUGGUUCUCUGUGUGGUGUGAUGAAUUUUCCGUAAACUUUGGAGAUGUUUCCAUUCCACCAAAUCUAGACUUUCCAAGACCCCAGAAAAUUUCCUCACUUGGCGGAGUUCAUGGUGUUCGAUCUGAUAAUAUUGUCAUUGUUGAUGCACAAACUUUAUUAAUUCCAAAUUUCAGUUAUGAUGGUGAAGCACCAGAUGCCAAAUUCUGGGUUGGACGUGGACCAAAACCAUCCCCACAAGGACUUCGUAUUCCCGAUGAAAAUGGCAAGGAGAACCCAUUACGUCGUUAUGAUCGAAAGACAAUUGUUUUAACACUCCCAGCUGACCUCACGAUCUUCGAUAUUGGACACUUUGGUGUUUGGUGCGAAGCUUUCACAGUUGAUUUCGGUCAUGUACGAAUUCCAGAUGGCCUCAAUGUACCACCCUCUUUGAAAAUGCUCGGUAUUAGUCCUCAGCAAUCAAAUUUACAUUUACAGUCAAAACUAAAUUGUGAAGUACUUUAUGAUGAUUUGGCGUUUGAAGUGCGUUGGGCUGUUGCCGGUGAAAGUAUCGUUGUGCAACUUGUUGCAAAAUUAGAGGAUGGCGAAUACAUGUCCUUUGGAAUAUCAUCCAACAACGACCGACCCGAAAUGAUUGGAUCCGAUGUUGUAGUUGCUUGGGUAGACAAAGAAACUGGCAAAGGCUAUGCCCAGGACUAUUAUCUUGAUGACAAAUCACAGUGCUCUGGUAAACGUGGUAGCUGUCCGGAUGUGAAUAUCGAGGAUAACACAAAUUCCAUACGACUCCUUAAUGCGGCCAUGGUCAAUGGCUAUUCAAUAGUCACGUAUCAGCGUUCUCUUGGCGCUGCUGACCGUUACGAUCUACCCAUCGUUAUGAAUACCUCUCAAGCUAUUGUUUGGGCUAUCGGACCACUAAAUCAACGCAACGAAGUCUCCUAUCAUUCCAAGUACACGAAAAACGUACAUUUAGUGAAUUUCGGUCGACAACCAACAUGGAAUUGUCCAAUGCCCGAGGGUGAGAAACCUGGUGAUGAACAAGAUGUGGAUGAUGAUGAAGAGGAUGCUGUAGAGAAGCAGAAACAACAGCAGGAAGCUGCUGCUGAAGAAGAACAAGAAGAAGAAUUCUAUGAUAGUCGUACUCAAAAGCCAACCCCACAGGCAUUAUUGCGACCAACAAGGAGGCAGCAAGAAGUCGCAUCAUCGUCGUCAUCUCGCAAACCAUCACCAGUACCCACACCAAAGCCAGCAAAUACCAACGGAGCAUGGGACAUUCCACCGAUUCAAUGCUAUGAGCCAGAGGAUGGAGUUUUCUACGCACAAAUGGGUCCAACUGGAGGCAAACAUGGAUAUCCGGCAAUUACCGGACACGUUGGCUGGGGUAUCUCUUGGUACAUAAACGGAUUACUCAUUCCAGAGAUCCAUUUGGUACGAGGCAAGUCCUAUACGUUUGUUGUCGAAGGCGGAAAUAAUCCAGAUAUUCCGGCAAAAUACCAUCCUUUCUAUAUUACGGAUGAUCCAAUUGGUGGUUAUGAGUACAAGACCGAUGAAGAGAAGGCUGCCGUCAAAGUGUUCGCUGGCGUCCACAGAUCACGGUCCGGCAAAGUCACACCUACCGGCGUUGGGCGCCUGUGCAACUGGACCCCCGACAUCGAUGGUCCCCCAGCCGAUGACUUCCAAUCCUUCGGCGCCUAUCAACGUACCCUCACCCUAGAAUGUGACGACGGCGAGCCAGGUGUGAUCACUUGGACGCCAGACCGCAACACACCCGACACCGUUUACUAUCACUGCUACACCCAUCGCCAUCUUGGAUGGAGAAUCCACAUCCACGAUAGUUGCGAUGAAGCAGUUGCCGCUUCAGAGCUGGACGAAACCAUUGCCCGUCGCCCUGCCGAGGAGGAUUAUGCCGCCGAAUCAUCGAUUCGACACGAAACUAAGGUCAGCCCUAACGAUAAUUUUUUAUUGAAGCAUCAAACAGAUUUGAUUAAGAAUCACAAUAUGAACGGAACACCGCCAAAAUUGAGUUUUGAAUUAUCCAAGUCCACGGAAAUAACUAAACUGAUUUCAGAUGGAAUCCGCGCUGCUGAGGCUCUCGAGGAGAGUAUAAAAAUCCGAAAGAAUCCUAUAUCAUCAAUGUCAUCAACUGCAGGGCAGAUAUUUCCACCUAUCUUUCCACAACUCUCAACAUCUACACCGGAAAUUUUAAGUGGAGAAACCAUGAAAAACCUCAGUCAUCACCUAGCACAACCUACCAAUACAAUGAUACAUUCAUCUAUGCCACAGGAUCCAAUAACAUCCCAAAGUUCUGGACCCAUGACAUUUCUCCGGCCACCCCAAACUAAUAUACCCUAUAGACCUAUUAAACGUCGUCCUUAUCCAAUGAAGAAGGAACGUCUUCCCGUUAAGCGUCCACAUCCACCACCACCGUCCCUAUUGGCGUCUAUGAUGCCAGCUCCAAGGCCUGUUGCCAUUCCACAGCCUUCAAUGAUUAUUAAUCAUUAUCGAAAGCCUAUUCCCUCAAUGAUGAAACCUUUUAUCAAAGAUAAGCCGUACCCAGUUAAAUCGAUGCCGUCAGUUUUGCUUUUAGGUCAGCCGACAGAAUUGGAUUAUAAACGUCAAACUGAGCCUCUGUUAAAGGGAACCAAGCCGAAGCCAAGUGGAAUCAUUCCAGUGCCAUAUGGAGAUGCAGUUCCUCAAGAGGCUAUACAGAAUUUUGUAUUCGCUUUUAAUGGUAAUGGAUUGUCACCGAAGGAAAAGAAGCCUUUGAUACCUGAAAAAGUACCAACUUUGGUCUACAAGACGCCUUAUGAAGUGCGAGAAUCUCAGGAAGAUAUCGAUCUAACUGCUUUGAAACCAGCUGUGAAUCAAGGUUUCAAGCCCGACACAGUCGUGGUUGAGGGAGGUUUUAAGCCUAUCAAUCGGAAGAAAACGACCGACGAAGAUGAAACAAAUCGGAACGAGCCUAAAAUUUCCCGCCGUAAAGACGAUCCUGGAUCUGAGAUCGACGAAGUUAUGGAAACUGAUACUCUUUUCCUGAGUCAAGACAAUUCACAGAAUCAAAAUUUUGAGCCGAUGUUCAUUCCCUCACCACCAGAUAGCACUAAUGACACUAUUAUUUACAAUAAAAGUACGGCUGCCAAAUUGACAGCUGCCAAACUGACAGCAGCUUCUAAAUUGACAGAUGAUUUGAGUGAUAUGGAAGUCGAAGAUGGCGAUGACAAAAUGGCCGUUGCUGCUGAGCGUGUUGAUACUUACUAUUUACCGCCUGAGAAAAAGCCAACAACAAGUCAACGGCCAUUGCCAACUGGUGCUGUUGUCACUUACGAUGGGAAGGCAGUUCUUGAUACAACUUUGGUGAAUCCACCAAAGCUUGAGGCUCGUGACACAUUGAAAAGUACACAUGGCUUGUCAAAGAGUGAGUCACUGGUCAGAAAUACUCCUCAGUUUGGACCUUUUCGAGGGGAAAUGCCGCCAUCUAUUCCGGAAUUUCUUGCAACAGGAAAUGGUAGUUCUCUAACCAAGCCGAUUACUGAGUACACAAAUCCCUUGACACUUGAUGGAAUAACAACUCCGAAAGUGACGUCAUCUUCAAUUUCAACAAAACUUAGUCUGCUCAAAUCACCAUUAACUUCAUCGUGAUGAGGGUGUAAAUAAUUUAACACAAAAAAAAAAAAUAGCAAAUUUUAUUUUUAAACAUAUUGAAACGAAUAUUCGGGAUAUUUCGUAGUUUUGUGUAACUUUGUACAGUUUCGAACAAAAUUACGAAAUGUCAUGAAUGUUCGAAAUAUUUUUAGUACUCAUUUUACACACACACACAAAUAUGAAACCAGCAUGCAUGUCUAUUUUCUGUGGUAUAUUUAAUGUUCGUUUUUUUUUUGGUACUAACUCUUUUUUUACAUCAUUUUUCUUUUUUCAUUAGGUACCUUAUAAUGUAAAUUUAAUAAUUAAGAUGCUAGUAUAUUUUUAAUACACAAACAAAACAAGUGAUUUUUGCUAAAACAAAACAAAAUAAGGCUAUACAAAACAUUAAUAUGCAUAAUAAUUCUUUUCGAUUAUUUUUAGAUUUAGUUGAUAUUAGAAAAAAAAACGAGAUUUUA